UGUCCGAGUGCAGUGCCGACACUCUGCGUCGCGCCUACAAAGUCCACCCAAUUGCUGCUGUGCAGAUAGAGUACAGCCCGUAGACUAUCGAUAUUGAGUCCAAUGGCAUGCUAGAUGCGUGCCAUGAACUUUGUGUCACUGUGGUUGCAUUCUCUCCGCUGGGGACGCGGCAUCGAGGAUAUCCCUGCAAACGACUUCCGCAGAGGACGUCCGCGUUGGACACCCAAGAACUUUGCCCACAACAUCCAGCUAGUUGACGCUUUUGGCCGCAUGGCCAGGCAAAAGGGCUGCACGCUUGGCCAGCCUACACUUGCCUGGCUGUUGGUCCAAGAGAAGAACAUGGCUCUGAUCCCAGGUACCCGGCGUGACGCCAGAUUUGACGAAAACUUUGCUGCUCUUCAGGUGCAUAUCGCUGGCGAAGAGAAUAAGCAAACCCGCAACCUGUUGAACAGGGCAGGCAUCCAGGGGCAACGGUACCCGGCUGAAUUUAUGAGCAGGGUCGGGCUGUAAAUUCAUCAAGCGUCUCGUCACGUUAGUCUUCAAAAAAUGUAUAUUGAGCGGUACCUUGCUAGAAGAACAGUUGUUGCAAGUGUCUCACACUGCUCAUGGUGGAACCAAGAGCUGUUCGCUUCAAGCGGCAGAACUCACCAGUGCUACACAAUGGCAGUCGG